AGGUGUCAGUGGCAAUCUGUUUCCUGAGCCGGGCGCACUGAGAUCCAGAAAAAGUUUCCGAGAUGGUCCAGAUGAGUGAGAGGACAAAGGUGAUGACUUGAUGAUUUCUGUAGGUCGACGUGCUUUGCUGGAGGAGGUUGAUGUUGCGUCAGAAAAGGCUCGGAACAAGAAUACCUCCGUGUAACUCACCAAAAGGCAGACACAGCUAGGGGCCCAUGUGUGUGCAUGCCCCUCCUUGAACUACGGAAGAUGGGGGGGGGGGAUAAAAAUAGAUGCUCCACAAUUGCUGUCAGAUCCGCAAACUUCUUCCAGCUUUUCUGAGAGCUUUUGCUGUUAAAUUCCAGCAUCUGCAGUUUAUCUGUCUUCGUGUUUCCUCAACGGUGGUUUCCCUCUUUACCUACAUUAGUGGCUACACUUCUCUCCUCACUCCAAACCUCCACCACCUGCGUAAGGGUAGUUUCCCUUGGUAAACCCUCCACACCACCAGCCGCCACACUCUGAUGUUUCGGCCGCUUCCAAGGUGGAGAUAGCACUGGACACGCCUUUCGGCAAUUCCCUGUUUCACCCUUCAGUCGUCCCCAACAUUCGCUCUCCUUCUCCAGACACCACAGGAGGUGAAAAACUUUGAACCUUUUUCUCCCCCCUUCCCAGUGUUCAGGGCCCCAGACACAACUUCCCCGCGAAGCAGUGUUUCGUUGGCAGUUUUUUUUUUAAAACAGUUUGGUGCAUUGCAUCUGAUGUUCACGAUGCGCUGUCUGUACUGGAGAAAUCCCAUACAUAACGGUGACCGCUUUUCAGUUGCCUGUCGCUUUAACUUUGCACCCCACUCCUCCUCUGACCGUUGUACAGCACGAAGCCGUCGAAACCGCACUCGUCAUCCCACGAGGAAGUGGCGGUUCUCGCGACGAGAAUAUUAGUAUUAAGUCAACACUUUCGGAUUGCCUCGUCUUUCCCGUUGGAUAGCAGAAGGAACCAUCUGCAAGGUUAUUGUAACCUGCUGCCUCCACGGCCGCCAUCAGGCCCGCCUUCCGCGGUGUUCCCCGGCGCUGUGCAGAGGGGAGGACGGUGCAGCCGGUGGGAGAGCUGUCUGAGGUCCUGCCGACGGACAGGGGCGACGGUGCGGCAGGGGCGCGGGCCCUUUAAGGGGCGGGGGUCUCUCUCUCGCCCUCGCCCUCCCUGCGCACUCGGCCGGGCGGGGAGCUGCGGCCCGAUUCAGCGAGAGGCGGCGCCGGCAGAGGCUGCGGACCGACAUCGGGGACUGGAGUGGAUACGGAGCCGGGCCGGAGUGGGCCGGUGGCAGCGGGCGAUGGGAUGAAGAUGCGGCGCCGCCGUGUGGUUUUGAUGUUGUGCAUGGCAGGACUGUGCCUGAUAUCCUUCCUGCACUUCCGCAAGGCCCUGUCCUACAUCGCGUUCUCCCAUGAGCUCUCAGUCUUCAGCCCUUCCCUCAGAUCCAUGUUUGUCGACUCUCACCUCUUUUGGAAGCAGAACGAGGAGGAGGAGGAGGAGGAGGGGGCGAGUGCCAGUCUGGGUCCGCAGACGGCACCUGGUGCUCACCAGGCAGGCUGGCCACAUCUCCACAGAGCCCAGUUCCAUCUGAAAGAUGACGAGACAGAGUACUUCAUACGGACCAAGGCGGGAGCCAUUUGCUUUAAGCAGGGAACCAAAACAGAGAGCAGGAUGGUGGGUUCGAUGGAGGGAGCCAAUCUCUGGGGCCACGGUUCCAUGGACAAGGUGCUGACUCGUGAAACAGGUGGCAGUGGGAGACCAAGGCGUAGGUGGGUCGGGUGCCCUUGUCUCCCGGGCUGGCAUGGGCCCUACUGUGGAGUACCCACCAUGGUCCAGUAUUCCAACUUGCCCACGAAAGAGCGCCUCACCCCGCGGGCUACGUCUCGCAGGGUCAUUAACGCCAUCAACAUCAACCACGAGUUUGAUCUGCUGGACGUCCGGUUCCACGAGCUGGGCAACGUAGUUGAUGUGUUCAUCAUCUGCGAAUCCAACUUCACUGCCUUUGGUGACCCCAAGCCGCUGAGGUUCGUUGAGAUGCUCCUGAACGGGAGCUACGGCUACAUCGCUCACAAGAUCCUGUACGUGUUCCUGGACCACUUCCCCAGCGGAGGCAGGCAGGAUGGCUGGAUUGCCGACGACUACCUGCGGACCUUUCUCACCCAGAACGGGAUGAGCCGAAUCACCCAGCUCCGCGACGAUGACAUCUUCCUCAUCAACGACGCCGACGAGAUCCCAGCCCGCGACGGGGUGCUCUUCCUUAAACUCUUCGACGGCUGGACGGAACCCUUUGCCUUCCACCUUCGCAAGUCACUCUACGGCUUUUUCUGGAAGCAGCCAGGGAGCCUGGAAGUGGUGUCGGGCUGCACGGUGGCCAUGCUCUUCAUGGUGUACAACGGGGACGGCAUUAAGCUGCGGCGGAGAGAGUACUACCUGAUGCCAAAUUUCCGGCAGUACGAGAACAGCACCGGGCACAUCCUGGUACCGUGGUCGGUGGGAAGCCCGCUCCACUUCGCCGGCUGGCACUGCUCCUGGUGUUUCAGGCCAGAGGGGAUCCGUUACAAACUGCUGUCGGCUCAGAAUGGCGACUUCCCCCGCUGGGGGAACUACCAGGAGAAAAGGGAUCUCAACUACAUUCAGGAACUGAUCCGGACUGGGGGCUGGUUUGAUGGUACUGAGCAGGAAUAUCCGCCUGCAGACCCCAAAGAACACAUGUACGCCCCCAAGUAUCUGCUACAAAACUUCGAGCGGUACAGAUACAUGUUGGAGAACCCAUACCAGAAGGAGAGCUGGGACCAGAGGCUGGGGAGAGCUGAUGGAAUGUACAAUCAGAGUGGGAAGAUAACAUAAGAGGAAUUGACAACAGUUGCGACACUGGAAGGUCGGGGUGACCUUGCAUCAUCUACUGUCUGGCUUCUUGCCACUACUUGGGACCUGUGGACUUUUGAAAACUUCUCUGUACUGCGGCCAUUCGGGCCGAUCUGCACCUGCACUUUCUCACUACAUUGGCUGCGUCAGCGCUCCCAGCCCGUUCAGUUUGAGCCAAGCCGCUUUCUCUUCCCCGCCCCCAGUUCUGCCCAAGGCCUCACUCCGUGUCCCUCACCUGGAACGGUUCUGCACCCAAGGUGCAUCACACGCCAGGCCAGCAGUCAGUGAGGCUCCCUGGCAGUGCUUGGGGAGGGAGAGGGGCUGGGGCAUGGAAGACAGAGGAGGCAGUGAGCUAGUCUGUGCACAAGGUCAGACUGAAAUCUUUCUUACAAAAUGUGGCUCGAAUAAAUUUGUGUAAGUUUACACAAGAAGAAGUGGGGGUUCCUAGGAGAGCGAGGGACAGUGAUGAAAAUUGGGGGGGGGGGGUUGUGGUUGGAUUGAGGAAGAGUACAGGAGAUUGGGUGCCUGGUCAGUUGGGUUAAGUACAGUGUAUGUCCACACUUGGCCAUGAAUUUGCACAUCCUAGUAGAGGGACAAGGGUGAUCAGAGGGCAACGAGGGGCAAGUGUUGGGGUAGUGAGAGAUGGGGAGGGGUGUUAAAUGAGUGCAGUGAGUGGGGGGAGUCUGGGGUACCAGGUCAUUGACCCCAUUAGUUUGUGUGGGGUGAAUCCUGUAGCCCUGGCAAGAGAGGGUUGAGAGUCCGUGGGGUACCACCAGCUCCCUUGAUCCUGAUCAAGAUCCCUACCCAGGCAGAGCUGUGAACGGUCCCUGCUCUCAAAGGAGCUUGUUCGCAAGCCCGAAGCAGAGUGGGACAGGGCUUGCCUCCGUGCUCACGAUCUUUCCCACUCUUUCCAGCCGGCUGUGCAAGUCCAAGGCCCAGAGGCUCGUCUGUGCCACACAGAGGCACUCGGCUGGGAGCGAGGGGGCGGGGGGCGUGAUCAGGCAGCAAAAAAAUGAAACAAUUAUUUGGUGGGUUGGGAAAUUGCUGCUGCUGUUGACUGAGCACUGGAUUCCAGAGUUGUUCUCCACCACCGCCCUGUCCCCAGGCCAUUGUCCGCACAACAGAAGAACAGGGCCAGGUUUGAGCAAACUGAGAAUUGAAAUUGGAAUGGUGACCCACACUAUCUGGUCCCAGGCAUCAGCGACUUGCCCCCUACUGCACACACCGAUUGCCUCACUGGAACUUACUUGUUGAAGAACUUACUUUGGAAAAAGUUUGAAGGCUGGGCCGUUUUCACUCGGCUGUAUAUAUGUCUGACGACUCUAACUGUGUAACGUCUUCUCGCGGGGAACUUUCCGGGAAAUUAUCAGGAGCCGUCCGCCAUGGCCGGGCUUGUCUCGGCGAAGUGGAGUGUGCAGUUUCCUGUGCUCGCCGGUGGUUCCUCCCACCGCAGGUCUACAAUGAAGGGACAAACCACUGAGGCGCUGGGAACCGGGCGGCUGCUUUGCCUUCGCACCGGCCGCGCCUGGCUGUCUUUGAAGCAUUAAUAAAGGUGGCAGAGGGCGAGAGGGUUUCCCCGAGGCACAGCGUCUCCCCAGGGGCACAGCUGCUAAGCAUGCUUGUGACACCCCAGACCACUGGCCCCUUGCCCUGGCCUGAGCCACGGGCACUGCCCCUCCUGGGACAUGGGAUGGAGCCUCUGGUUGAGUGCCCCUUUGGUUACGAGGGUGCUCAGUGUGAUAGAGAUGGUUGGAGAAUGGAGCACCUACUGUGUUAAAGUGUCCAUUCAGUCUGACUACCCUCGGUGUUGGAUAAUAUGGUUUCAUUCAAAGAGGGCUCUGUUCCACAAGCUGCCCUUCCAUUCCAUGGGGGCUGGGCUAGAAGGGACAGGUUGGGAUGGUCGCACCCUGUGUCACAGCCAGCUCCACCGCAUAGCGGUUCAGCUCUUCUGCAGACACCACUCACUCUCGUUUUGGAAUUAAUCGACCUCGGUCAGCAGUAGUCCCUGGGCUUGGACUCCCUGCUACCCGCCAACACUGUGUGCGUGUGUGCAAGGGGUCAGUGUCAACUGUACCUUUGUAAUAACGUUUGCGUAAAAUAUUUACCCAUGACAUUAAAUUGUACAUAAUGAAA